GACAGAAACAACCUCCACCAGUCAAGAAACCCUCAAAAGCAUUUUAUCAUGGACAUAGAAGAUGAAGAAAAUAUGAGUUCCAGCAGCACUGAUAUUAAGGAAAACCGCAAUCUGGACAACGUGACCCCCAAAGAUGGCAGUGCCCUGGGGCCUGGGGAGGGCACCCAGCUUUCCAAUGGGGGCGGUGGCAGCACCAGCAGGAAGCGGCCCCUGGAGGAGGGUAGCAAUGGCCACUCCAAGUUCCGCCUGAAGAAGCGGAGGAGGAUGCCAGGGCCUGUGCUGCCCAAGAAUGCCCUGAUGCAGCUGAAUGAGAUCAAACCAGGCCUGCAGUACACCCUGCUGUCCCAGACAGGCCCUGUACACGCUCCCCUGUUCAUCAUGUCAGUAGAGGUCAAUGGGCAGGUUUUUGAGGGCUCUGGCCCCACAAAGAAAAAGGCAAAACUGCACGCUGCUGAAAAGGCCCUACGGUCUUUCGUCCAGUUCCCAAACGCCUCUGAAGCCCACUUGGCCAUGGGGAGGACCCUCUCAGUCAACACGGACUUCACAUCUGACCAGGCUGACUUCCCUGACAUGCUCUUCAAUGGUUUUGAGACUCCGGACAGGCUGGAUGCACCCUUCUACAUGGGCUCCAAUGGGGACGACUCUUUCAGCUCCAGUGGAGACCUGAGCCUGUCUGCGUCCCCUGUCCCCGCUAGCCUCAUCCAGCCACCCCUGCCUGUGCUCCCACCAUUCCCACCCCCAAGCGGGAAGAACCCAGUGAUGAUCCUGAAUGAGCUUCGCCCUGGACUGAAGUACGACUUCCUGUCUGAGAGUGGGGAGAGCCAUGCCAAGAACUUCGUCAUGUCUGUGGUGGUGGACGGCCAGUUCUUCGAAGGCUCAGGGAGGAACAAGAAGCUGGCCAAGGCGCGAGCUGCCCAGUCGGCCCUGGCAGCCAUUUUUAACUUGCACUUGGACCAAACACCAUCUCGCCAGCCCAUCCCCAGCGAGGGGCUUCAGUUGCAUUUGCCUCAGGUGCUAGCAGAUGCUGUUUCACGCCUAGUUCUGGACAAGUUUGGUGAUCUGACCGACAAUUUCGCAUCCCCCCACGCACGUAGAAAAGUUCUUGCUGGAAUUGUCAUGACAACAGGCACAGAUGUUAAAGAUGCCAGGGUAAUAAGUGUUUCUACAGGGACCAAGUGUAUUAAUGGCGAGUACAUGAGUGACCGUGGCCUUGCAUUAAAUGACUGUCAUGCAGAAAUAAUCUCUCGGAGGUCCUUGUUGAGAUUUCUCUACACACAACUUGAGCUUUACCUAAAUAGCAGAGAAGAUCAGAAAAGAUCCAUUUUUCAGAAAUCAGAGCGAGGAGGUUUUAAGCUGAAGGAGAAUGUUCAGUUCCAUCUGUAUAUAAGCACCUCUCCCUGUGGGGACGCCAGAAUUUUCUCACCACACGAACCAAUACUGGAAGAACCAGCAGACAGACACCCAAAUCGUAAAGCAAGGGGCCAACUACGGACAAAAAUAGAGUCUGGCGAGGGGACAAUCCCAGUACGGUCGAAUGCAAGCAUCCAGACGUGGGAUGGAGUGCUGCAGGGGGAGAGACUGCUCACCAUGUCUUGCAGUGACAAGAUUGCUCGGUGGAACGUGGUGGGCAUCCAGGGGUCCUUGCUCAGCAUUUUUGUGGAGCCAAUUUAUUUCUCAAGCAUCAUCUUGGGCAGUCUGUACCACGGGGACCACCUCUCUAGGGCCAUGUACCAGCGCAUCUCAAACAUAGAGGACCUGCCCCCGCUGUACAUGCUCAACAAGCCUCUGCUGAGUGGUAUCAGCAACGCGGAGGCUCGGCAGCCGGGGAAGGCACCCAACUUCAGUGUUAACUGGACUGUAGGGGACUCGACCAUCGAGGUCAUCAACGCCACGACGGGGAAGGACGAGCUGGGCCGUGCAUCCCGCCUGUGUAAGCACGCCUUGUACUGUCGCUGGAUGCGCGUCCACGGCCAGGUUCCCACAAACUUAAUGCGCUCCAAGAUCACAAAGCCGCACAUUUACCACGAGUCCAAGCUGGUCGCGAAGGAGUACCAGGCGGCCAAGGAGUGUUUGUUCAGAGCCUUCAUCAAGGCAGGGCUGGGGGCCUGGGUGGAGAAGCCCACAGAGCAGGACCAGUUCUCACUCACACCCUGACCCCACGGGC